CCUAUAUGUAAUUUCUUCACCCAUUACCCCUUUUCACACAACUCUUCAAUCCCUCUCCCUCUUCAUCUCUUUUGUGCAAAUGGCCAAAUGUUUGGCACUCUCACUAAUCAUGGCAGGCCUCUUCAUUGGCUUGGUGAGUCCACAAUGGAACAUAUUGAACCCAAAAUGGGGAAAAAGUGUUGAAGUAGUGAAUCGUCCAGAAUGGAACAUCUUGAAUCAAAGAUUGAGAAAAGGGGUUGUUGGAGACAACUUGAAGAACUACUGCGAGAGUUGGAGGAUAAAUGUUGAACUAAACAACAUUAGAGGGUUCAGUGUUGUGCCUCAAGAAUGUGUGGACCAUGUGAAGAAGUACAUGACUUCAUCUCAAUACAAUGUUGAUUCUGUGAGGGCAGUGGAGGAGAUUAGGCUCUACAUGAGUGGAUUCUGCACUUUAAAAGAUGAUGGCAAAGAUUCCUGGAUUUUUGAUAUUGAUGAGACCCUUUUGUCCACAAUUCCUUAUUAUAAGAAGCAUGGUUUUGGGGGAGAAAAGCUGAACGUAACAUCUUUAGAAGAAUGGAUGAAGAAAAGCAAGGCACCAGCUCUUGAUCACACACUCGAGCUCUUCCAUGAAAUCAAGAACAAAGGGUUCAAAAUCUUUCUGAUUUCUUCAAGAAAGGAAAACCUAAGAUCUCCCACCGUAGACAACCUUGUGAGUGUUGGAUACCAUGGAUGGACUAGGCUUACAUUGAGGGGUUUUGAUGAUGAAUUGGUGGAAGUGAAAAAAUACCAUUCCAUGGUGAGGCAACAAUUGGUUGAUGAAGGUUACAACAUAUGGGGUAUUGUGGGAGAUCAAUGGAGCACUUUUGAUGGACUUCCAAUGGCCAAGAGAACAUUCAAACUACCCAACUCCAUUUACUAUAAAGCAUAAAUUAAUUUCUCACUGUUUGCCUAUUAUAUGAACAUACUUUUAACUUUAUUGGCAUUAGCAUAAGCAUGAGGCCAUAAUACCCAUAAGCUAUUGUCCCUUCAUCAUUGCAAAGGUUUAUGAAUUAUGGAACUUUUGAUAUUCUAUUACUUACCCCAUUGCACAAAAUCAAAAUGGGCUUUUAUGUGGGAAGAGAAAAGGCUAUUUAAAAGGGUCA